AUGUCCCGCGAGCGGCCUCCGCGCACCGACAUCCCUCGCAACCUGAGCUUUAUAGCCGCGCUGACCGAGCGCGCCUACUACCGCAGCCAGCGGCCCAGCCUCGAGGAGGAGUCGGAGGAGGAGCCGGGGGAGGGCGGGACCCGGCCCGGUGCCCGCUCGCGGGCUCACGUGCGGGAUCGGGGGCGCAGGGCCCGCUCUGCGCCCGCAGGUGGCAGCGGGGCACGGGCAGCCCGCAGUCGCAGCCCUGACACUCGCAAGCGAGUGCGUUUCGCCGACGCGCUGGGGCUGGAGCUGGCCGUGGUACGUCGCUUCCGCCCGGGGGAACCGCCCCGGGUGCCCCGGCACGUGCAAGUGCAACUGCAGAGGGACGCCCUGCGCCACUUCGCGCCGUGCCCGCCGCGCGCUCGCGGCCUCCAGGAGGCGCGCGCCGCCCUGGAGCCCGCCCGCGAGCCCGGCUUCGCCGCCCGCCUGCAGGCGCAGCGCAUCUGCCUGGAGCGCGCCGACGCGGGCCCUCUGGGCGUGGCCGGGAGCGCGCGCGUGCUGGACCUGGCCUACGAGAAGCGGGUGAGCGUGCGCUGGAGCGCGGACGGCUGGCGCAGCCUGCGGGAGUCGCCCGCCGCCUACGCCGGCCCUGCCCCGGCCCCACCGCGGGCUGACCGCUUCUCCUUCCGCCUGCCGGCGCCUCCGGUCGGCGGCGCUCUGCUCUUCGCCCUGCGCUACCGUGUGACCGGCCGCGAGUUCUGGGACAACAACGGCGGCCGUGAUUACGCGCUACUUGGGCCCGAGCAUCCUGGUGGUGCCGGAGUCGCGGAGACCCAGGGCUGGAUCCAUUUUAUUUGAGACUAGACUCCUGCCGGCCAUAGCCGGGAAAACACAGGGGCACCCAGGCGUGGGGGGAGGGCUGUGGCGCCAGGAACCCGGGGACCACAAUUGGCAGAUAGGUGGAGAGUUGUCCCAGGGAGUCAAGCGGAGGUGGCUGGAAACUGUCUGCGAAGCCCAGAGAGAUUAGGGUGGGAAACGGCAGGUGGGUGUGAGUGGAAGGAACUCAAGGAAUUCGAGAAAGGAGGCCAGAAGGGAUCUGGGAAGUUGUGCCUCCUUGAACGGCUUGAGCAUUCAUUACGGACUGAGCAACCUGGAAGUCAUUCGGAUUGCUUCCCUCUUGCUGGCCUUACCACCUUCAGGUCCUCAUGCCCUGCCCAUCCUAGCUUUAUCUGAGCCGGAAUUGCCUUGCUUAACCCCAGGAAUUUGACUAUUGCCCCCUGGGCCCUGGCAGUUGGACAGGAUUCGCUUGAUUCUCAGCAGUUCUUGACUUCAGCCUUCAAGGAGAAAGAGUCCUUCAGCCACCGCGCAAGCCUCGUAAGGAAUGUAGGUGGUGGCAAAACUAACUCCGGGCCUGCCCUUUUUAUAAUAGCCAAAUCAUGGGCAUCUGAGGGCUGCAUAGUCAGGCUUCCAGAAAAAUGAAUGCCAGCCUUACUUUUCUGGGUGCCUUCUUAGACCUGGAAGCACUUUAUGGACUUUGUCAAGGGACAACGAAUCAUGAAAAUCACUGCUGAUUUAUUCUUUGUGCCUCUGAAAAAGAGGAAACUACCGAGUAUCUGUACAGUUGAGGAGGUUAUUUUAUCUUUUGGGGCUCCAGGUUGCUCUGUGAGAAAUUGGAUUUGAGUUAGGUGGCCCUUUAAGGCUACCUUUGUUUUCAGACAAGGUCUCUAACCCAUUCUGGCUCCAGCUCGCAGCCCUCCUGCCCUAGCCUCUGCUGUGCUGGGUUAUUGGUGUGAGCCACUAUGCUCUUAGGGCUCCGUUUUGGUGUUUUAUAAUCUGUUCAUGGCACAGUACAGGUUAGAAACUGUAUUCUCCAACCUAGUGCUACAGUUAAAGCACCCACAGCAAGCCAGGUAUCGUGGCACACACAGGGAGUGUUGAGUUGGAGGCCAACCAGGUAAUAUGAUUGUAGCCUGGACUACAUGAGACUGUUUCGGAAAAUUAAAAGAAGAAACAAGGCUUACCUAGCACAGUGAGCCAGUGUUUGGAUAUAAGAUGAGGAUAGUCUUCCUUCCUCCCUCCCUCCCUCCCUCCCUCCCUCCCUCCCUCCCUUCCUUCCUUCCUUCCUUCU